CUCUCCCAUGGCGCCCGCGCGCACCCCCAGCUCCCGGGGCACCUCGACCCUCUGGCCACAGCUGCUGCUGCUGACAGUCGCGAUCCUAGCAUUUGCCUGUGAUGCUUGUCAGCAGGUAACUCUGUAUGUUCCAUCUAAACUAGAUGCUGGAAAACUUGUUGGUAGAGUUAACCUGAAGGAGUGCUUUAGAUCUGCAAAUCGAAUUCAAUCAAGUGAUCCAGAUUUCCAAGUCUUUGAAGAUGGUUCAGUCUAUACAAGACAUGCUGUUUUUUCAUCCUCAGAGAAGAGAAAUUUUACCAUAAUACUUUCCAACACCCAUAACCAGGAACAGAAGCAAAUACUGGUCCUUUUAGAGAACCAAGCAAUGGUACUGAAACAAAGUCACCCUAAAGAAAAAGUUCUAAGUCGUGCCAAGAGAAGAUGGGCACCUAUUCCUUGUUCAAUGGUAGAGAAUUCCUUGGGUCCUUUCCCACUUUUCCUUCAACAGGUUCAAUCUGACACAGCACAAAACUACACUAUAUACUAUUCUUUAAAGGGAAUUGGAGUUGACAGAGAACCUAAAAAUUUGUUUUAUAUACAUAGAGACACUGGAAACCUGUAUUGUACUCGUUCUGUAGAUCGGGAACAGUACCCGUCUUUUGAGCUAACUGCCUUUGCAACAACCCCAGAUGGAUAUACUCCAGAGCUUCCUCUCACCCUAGUAAUCAAAAUUGAAGAUGAAAAUGAUAACUCCCCAAUAUUUACAGAAAAAAUGUUUAAUUUUACUGUUCAGGAAAAUUGCAGAAUCGGUACUACUGUGGGACAAGUCUGUGCAACUGACAAAGAUGAACCUGAUACAUUGCACACACUACUGAAGUACACUAUUAUCGAGCAGAUCCCGAAAGCUCCAACCCUGUUCUCCAUGCAUCCAGCUACAGGAGUGAUCACCACUACAUCAUCUCAGUUAGACAGAGAGGUAAUCGAUAAAUACUAUUUAAAGAUAAAGGUACAAGACAUGAAUGGCCAGUAUUUUGGUUUGCAUACUACUUCUAAUUGUGUCAUUCAUAUUGAAGAUGUGAAUGAUAACUUGCCAACAUUUACCAAAACUUCUUAUGUGGCAUCAGUGGAAGAAAAUAGAUAUAAUGUAGAAAUCUUACGAGUUUCCGUAGAAGAUAAGGAUUUAAUUCAUACUGCUAAUUGGAGAGCAAAUUACACCAUUUUAAAGGGCAAUGAAAAUGGAAACUUUAAAAUUGUAACGGAUCCCAAUACCAAUGAGGGAGUUUUAUGUGUGGUUAAGGCAUUAAAUUAUGAGGAGCGCCAGCAGGUGAGCCUACAAAUUGGUGUUGUUAAUGAAGCUCCAUAUACAAAAGAGACAGGAUUCCGUUCAACCAUGAGUACAGCAACAGUUACCAUUAACAUCCAAAACCAGGAUGAGGGUCCUGAGUGUAGUCCUCUUGUGCAAAACAUACGAAUUAAGGAAAAUAGUCCAGUGGGAACAAAGAUAAAUGGAUAUAAGGCAUAUGACCCAGAAACAAAAAGUGGCAGUGGCAUAAGGUAUAAGAAAGUAAUUGAUCCCAAAGGGUGGGUAACUGUGGAAGAAAAUUCAGGAUCAAUCACGGUUUUCAGGAAUCUGGAUAGGGAGGCUGAGAACAUAAGAAAUGGUAUUUAUAAUAUUACUAUCCUGGCAUCAGAUAAAGAUGGACGGUCUUGUACUGGGACUUUGGGAAUUAUACUUGAAGAUGUGAAUGAUAAUGGCCCACUCAUACCUAAAGAGACAGUGGUCAUCUGUAAACCUGUCAUGUCAAGUGCUGAAAUUGUUGCUGUCGAUCCAGAUGAUAUUACAAAUGGUCCACCCUUUAAAUUUAGUUUUGAAGAUAUUUCUGAUUCUGAAACACCAAGAAUGUGGAGCCUGGCAAGGUUGAAUGAUACAGCAGCACGUAUUUCCUUAGAAAGAAGAGAUGCCUCGUUUGGAACAUAUCCAGUAUCUAUCCGAGUUACAGAUACCCAUGGCCUGUCACAGAUCAGUGCAGUAAAUGUGAAGUUAUGUGACUGUGUGGUGGAAAAUGAAUGCACGCUUCGCUCAGAUGCAAGGACCGGAAAUGUAGAAACAAGACUUGGAAAGUGGGCCAUCCUUGCCAUACUGUUGGGAAUAGCAUUGCUAUUUUGUAUCUUAUUUACAAUAGUCUGUAGUGCCACUCAGAGCACUGAAAAAGCAGCAGUAUUUCCAGAUGAUUUAGCCCAGCAAAAUCUCAUUGUGUCAAAUACUGAAGCUCCUGGUGAUGACAAACUGUUUUCAGCAAAUGGCUUUGUUUGUACAACUCAUACUUUGGGCAGUUCAGCUCAAGGAAUGGGUGGCACCUUAGGAUCAGGUGUGAAAAAUGGAGGACAGGAGACAAUUGAAAUGGUGAAAGGAAGACAUCCGACCCUGGAAUCUUGCCAGGGUCUUGGACAUCAUCAUACCCUAGAUUCCUGUAGGGUUGGGGGGCAGCAGAACCUGGAUUCCUGCAGGGGAGGACACGUGGAGAGAGACAACUGCAGAUACAAUUAUUCCGAGUGGCACAAUUUCACUGAGCACCGUCUUGGUGAGAAGGUGCAGCUCUGCAAUCAAGAUGCCAACCAACAACCUGCUCAAGACUAUGUGCUCAAGUACAACUACGAAGGAGGUGGAUCGGUUGCUGGUUCUGUAGAUUGUUGCAAUGAACGACAAGAAGAAGAAGGACUUGAAUUUUUGGAUCAUUUGGAGCCCAAAUUUAGUACACUAGCACAAGUAUGCAUAAAAAGAUGAGUGCAUGCUAGACUAAGUCUACAAAAACAAGUGACUUUUCUGCCUUCUGUU